CAAAUAACUCAAUUUGCGAGUUGCAUGCAGCUUUACUGAGAGCAAACACCAUGAAGCUCAGGACAUUAUUUACCAUUGUUUUCGUGCAAGCAUCCUUAUUGCAGAAUGUCUGGGCUUUCAGUACAAGGCGUGACGUUGACAUCACGGGGGAGCAACGUAUUCAAGUUCGCGUGAACUCCUUUGGCUACCCCCUCGAAGAACACUUUGUGCAAACAGCAGAUGGCUACAUUCUAGCAGUACAUCGUAUUCCACACGGCCGGGAAACUGGGGAUACCAAACAGCCAAGGAAAAUUGUUUUCCUUAUGCAUGGUUUGCUAUGUUCAUCGAACGACUGGAUUCUGGCGGGGCCGGAGAAGGGAUUGGCAUUCCUCUUGGUCGAUGCCGGUUACGAUGUUUGGAUGGGAAAUGCUCGUGGCAAUACCUACUCUCGAAAUCAUGCUUGGCUUACACCGAAAGGGAGCGAAUUUUGGAGUUUUAGUUGGCAUGAAAUCGGCGUCUUUGAUCUUCCUGCUAUGAUAGAUUAUGUGUUGGAGCAAACACGCGAGACAUCACUUCAUUAUAUUGGUCAUUCGCAGGGAACAACAUCCUUUUUCGUGAUGAGUUCAGUGCGCCCCGAAUACGGUCAGAAGAUUAAGGUCAUGCACGCAUUGGCCCCCGUUGCGUUUAUGUCGAAUGCCCCCAGUCCGUUUUUCAAAGCCCUUGCCCCACUGGUUGGAAGCGCUGGAACAAUGGAAAAGCUGUUCGGAAGUCAUGAGUUUAUGCCCAAUAGCGAACUGUUUGAAAUUGGCGGAUCGUUGCUUUGUAAGGAUGAAGCACUUACUCAAGACCUUUGCGCUAAUGUUUUAUUCUUGAUAAGUGGGUUCGACAGCGAGAACUUGAACAAGACAAUGAUACCUGACAUCAUGGCUGUCACACCAGCCGGCGCUUCCGCGAAUCAGAUAAUCCAUUAUGCUCAAGGCAGCUCUGGAAAAUUCCGAUUCUUUGAUUACGGCCUAGUGAAGAAUACAUUCAAAUACGGCUCGCUAACACCCCCCGAAUACACCCUCCAAGCAAUAACUGCCCCAGUUGCGCUGUACUACGGAAACAAUGAUUGGCUGGCAGGUGUAAAGGAUGUUCAGGAGUUAGCGGGAAAACUUGGCAACUUACUACUAAAAUACGAGAUUCCAUUCCCGAAAUGGAAUCAUUUGGAUUUCCUUUGGGGUAUCUCCGCGAAAGAAUUGGUCUAUGAUAAAGUUAUGGAAGUGAUGAGUGCUUAUCCGUAGGAUGAAGUUAACAACGGUGAAUAAACUUUUUCUGGGAAAGUUG